AUGUCGUUCGUCAUGAGCUUCCGUCAAACGGUGGUGAGGAGGAGCGGUGCUGCCGCUGACCAGGUCGCCAUGCCACCAUCCUCCUCUCCGACAAGGUGGGUGCAUCGUGCGUGGCUGACGGACGUGGUGAAGACGAGCGGCAAGCAGCAAUGCUAUGACCGCGCCAACCUCCGGUUGCAACUGCGCACCACGGCGAUGACCACAUCGGACCCCAACUCACGAGAUUCAUCAAAUCAAAGGCUUGAAGAAGCACGCACCAGCCGCCGUGGAUCUGAUAGGAUGAAGAGGAAGCCCGUGGUGAUCUGCUGCAGCGUGCUGCUCGCCCUCAUCGUCGUCCUCGCCAUCGUCUUCGUGGCGCUCUACUUCACGGUGUUCCGGCCGCGGUCGCCGCACGUGGUGGCCACGGUGGUGAGCACGAGAGUGUCUCACUUCAACGUGACCCCCGACUUCCCGAUCGUCCUGCCCAGGCUCAACAUGAGCAUGGACGUGGACGUGACCGUGAAGAACCCGAACUACGCGGCGUUCCGCUACGGCGACGUGGUGACGGAGCUGACGUACCACGGCCUGCCCGUGGGGCAGUCGGUGGUGCUCGCCGGGGAGGUCGGCGCGCGAACGACGCAGACGGUCGGCGCGACGGUGGUGGUACAGGCGGACAAGGUGGUCUUCUCGCCCGAUUUCAUCGGGGAUGUGCUUCCCAAGUUGCUCGACCUGCCGGAUAUCAUGCUGCCGUUCCAGACGAGGACGACGGUGGCCGGGAAGGCCGUGGUGCUGGGGACGUUCAAAAUCAGGGCCAGCUCGGCGGUCACUUGCAGCGUCAGCACCUACCCUGUCAAGCAGGAGACCACCGCUGACUGCACGUCCACGGUUAAUAUCGGUUAA